UUUUCAUCGUUUUUCAUCGUUAGGCAGUUCUUCCCGGCCUCCAGCACCAUCGGGCGCCGCCAGCUGUGCAUACGGCUCAUGGCGUCCGAUGGUGCUCCCCUGCCUGAGGUCCUCAGCCUCCCGCCCAUCGUAGUUACUGCACCAAAGCAGCAGCUGGAGCAGCACCCAAUCCACCAAUUGCAGCAGCAGGUCAUUCACAAAUCAUCAACGCUCAAUUGGGAGGUGCCGAGGGGCGAUGGCGAGUCCCUCAACCUCCUGGCCACAUCCUCCACUGUUGAUGCAUCAGACAAAGAUGGUGGGCGUGGAGGAGAGCAAUGCACGAAAGGACCUGUGACUGCCAUCUCAUUGUUUGCUCCCGCUCUCCGUCUUGUCUGCCCUUCAGGUCUAGUAGUUCCCACUCAGGGGGAUGUACCACGCGAGGACGACGGCGAGCCCACCCAGCUUAAGAACCACACUCCCACACCGGCCGCCAACCAGCAGCAGCCAGAGGAGGGCGCCACCACCAAGGGCCAACACCACGGUGUCGAUGAGUGUGCGGUGAUGUAUGACGCCUUGAUUGGAGGAGCCGGUGGAGGGUCGAGCAGUGAUGGCGUGAAGGUCAGCAACAGCAGCGGCGGGUAUGGUGAGGGCGAGGCCGAGGGUCCCACUGGCAGUCCGCGGCCCCUCCGACCCGCCUUCGACACACGGUGUGUGGUGUGCAACACCGCAAUGGGCACCAUCAUCAUUUGCGAGUCCUGCGGCAAGGGCGUGCACAUGGAGUGCAACAACCCGCCCCUCCACGUACGCCACGCCAGCCAACACACAACGCACAACACACCGCCUCUCCCCCCUCUCUGUGUCCGUGUGUGUCCGUGUGUGUCCUCCAUCGGUCAGGAGGAUCAGAUUGAGUGGGGCACUCCAUGGCGGUGCGACGCCUGCACGCAGCUUUCUAUGACGACCCUCACGCCGAGCGAGAUGCAGUCCUACGCCCACCAGCUGCUGCGGCGCAUCGCCUUCUCGGGCGUCACCUUCGUCCACUGGGAGCGAUACACCGACCGCAGCAGCGACAACACGACGGUGGCCAGCCUCAUGAAUGGCCACGAGGGGCGGUCAGCUGCUGCCGAACACACUGAUAGAGCCACCGGUGAGAAAGGGAGCCAGGAACACCCACAGGUGGGUGCGUGUGUAUCCUGUGUUGUGUGUGUGGCGUGUGUGUGCAGGUUGCUUUGCGGUGUAUAAGAAGAGCGAGUCCGAGUGGCGUCUGAUGGCUCGUGUGACCCCCUGCGGCAGUACCCCAGCCUCGGUGCACGAGGCCCUGACCAAGGCCCUCGAGCAGCGGCAGCAUCUGCUGGAGGAGGACGAGCUCGACGCCCCGCGACACAACACACGCGGCUACGGCUUGAGGCACAAGAGCAAGCGCAGAAUGCCGCCCGGACUCGCUGACUUCACCGUUGCCGACUUCUCCAAGAAACAUAGAGGUCCGACAGACACAAACACAGACAGAGAAACGGAGAGAGAUGGCGUGUGUGAUGUCUGCGUGUCAGGUGGCGAUUGGGAGGUGAAUUCCUCGGUGCAGACGAGUCGGAUGGCGUGGGAGCUGCUGCAGGGCCUGGAGCCGCCCUCGCCAGACCAUCCGAUGCGCCCCAACGCCCCCAAGCCAUCCCUGCCGUCCGGGCAGCUGCCGCUGCUGGGCCAGCGGGGCAUACAGUGGAGCGACGAGUUCGCCGCGUAUGCCGUGAUGCGCAACCAGAUGGGCAAGCGGACUGUACGCUACUUCGCACCCGCCACACAUGAACUGCCAAAACUGCAGGAGUAAGAUCACGAAGGAAGACACACACGCGUCUUGCCCAUGCACCUCUCCCUCUUUCUGUCUGCCUCCGUUUCCUGAAUCUGUCAGCGCCCUGUUGGCCGCCAUCGAGUAUCGCGAUCGCGUUUGGAGUUUGGGGCAGGGUGACGAGAGUUCCCUCAGCUGCCUGGGCCCGUGGAAUAAGGGCCGGCCUCCAUUCCAGCUGGCCACCGAGCCAUCCCCCCACCAGCCGGCACAAUGGAGACCAGACCCCCCUGCCGUCAGAUCCAACAACCGCGGCCGGUUUAGCGCCACCAACCAGCCGAGGAGGCGGGGCCGCAAACCCGUUGCCAAGGCAGUCGCGGACCCGACCCCCCACACACACGACUGCGACGAUUGGGAGAAUGGCGAGGUCGGUGCCGGGGAUCGCGAUCGCGCCAUGGACGUGGACAUGGACGUGGACGUCGAUGGUGAGGGUGAUGACGACGACGAUGACGAUGACGAUGACGACGAUGACGACGAUCGCGCCCUGAGCCAUGCGGUGGCUCGGGCCGUCAGGAAGAAGUCGCUCCUCAAAAGCAAGAAAGGACAGAACGGGACGGCCACGGCCACGGCGACCUCUGGCGGCAAGGGCGAGGGUGUGACCGUGACCAAGAACGAGACCAUGAGCAAGAAGGAUAAGGAGAGAGGUUGCAAGGGCAAGAGGGGAGGCAAUGGUGGCGGGGAUAUGGGUGGAGGUGGUGUGAAGGGGGCCAAGGGCGAUUCGGUGGCGGGCCAUGGGAAUGGGAGUCCGGGGAAGAAGCCGGUCAGCAGGGUGUCGGGCCGCAGACGCAGACUCAGCUCCAAACUCAAGACCGGUGGGUGGGUCGGUGGGCGGGGUCAAGGCAGACACACAGCCAGACGGUCACAACGCAUCCAUCCUCUCUCCGUUUCCGUCUACCACCCAGACACGGCAGCCGGCGAUUCCUGCGAGUUUGCUGUGCAUCAGGACGGGGGCGGGGCCGGUGGGUCGGGGUCGGGCGCUGCGUCUCCACCUGCCUUGGAUGAGCGUCAGAUGGAGCACAAGUCGUUGGCCAACUCGCUGAUCGCUCUGAUGGAGGGCCACGCUGAUGUGGCGAUGAGCGGCAUCGGCAAGAAGGGCAUCAGCUGGGUGUCCUGCCGGGGCUGCUUCCAGGUCCACUGGAUGUGCAAGGGGCAGCGCAGGAGCAAGUACUUCCACCCCAGCACACAGGACGAGGACGGCCUCAAGCGGGCGCUGAGGAAGGCGCUGCUCCACAGGAACGACGUGUGGGGGUCCCCCGGACCCACCAAAUGUACACAGACACACACACACACACACACACACACAUAAACAUCUGCCACUGUCUGUGUCUGUCUGUCGGCAGCUGGGAUGCGUUUGUUUGCCGAGGCGGUCCGCGAUGACGACCCCGAUGGCAGCGAGGAGGCUCAGGACACGCCAACGCCCACGCCGCCCGAGAAUGCGGACGAAGACAAUGACAACAAAUCUCGCAUGAAUGAGGAAUGACAGGUGCGUGGCUGUGCAUGGAGAGACCGGCGAAACGCACCCGUGUCCGCAUUCGUCCUUUGCGUGUGCAGGUGUCCUUUCUGCAUCCCGGACCCCUUUCCACUGAUGGUUGGGUGUGUAUGUAUGUAUUAUGUGAGUGCGUGUGUGUGAGAGCAGAAUUCGGCUGCGUCCUGACUGCCUGCCUGCCUGCAUACCUGCCUGGUUGCCUGCUGUACAUGGGUCAUGUGUGUACGCUGUUUGGCUGUUGAUCUGUCUGUCUACCCUCCCUCUGCUCUGCAAGGCCGGCCAGGACCCCGAGAGAGAGAGACCUUUCUCACCCUCAUGCUAGCACCCUUACACGCACACAUAUGCACACGUGUCAGGACCAUGUAUACUGAUUGGAUGCUUGUGUGGAUGGCCUGGCUUGGCUGCCGUGGGGGGGUCGAUGGACGGAUUGAGGGAGGUAGUGUCAUGUUCAU